UAGAGCAGCACAUGGAGACGACCACCCACUGUAUUCAGAUUACACAGAGAGAAGACAAAGAACCUCUAUGCCACAUAGAGAGAGAGGAGACACAGACAAAGACAAAAGGCCAUACAGUUUCACUCAGACACGCAGACAAACAGAGAAACCAACGCCUACCGGAUCCAAUAUGGUGUCAGCUGGGUUACAGAUGCUGGGCACGGCCCUGGGGGUCAUUGGCUGGAUCGGGACUAUCAUUGAAUGCGCCAUGCCCAUGUGGAGGGUCUCCACCUUCAUUGACAGCAACAUCAUCAUCUCUCAGGUCAUCUGGGAGGGUAUCUGGAUGAGCUGCGUGGUUCAGAGCACGGGCCAGAUGCAGUGUAAGAUCUAUGACUCCAUGUUGGCCUUAUCCCAGGACCUUCAGGCUGCCAGAGCCAUGACUGUCAUCGCCAUCCUCUCCGGCAUCAUCGCCAUCCUAUUGGCUGUAGCCGGGGGAAAGUGUACCAACUGCGUGGAGGACGAGGCAUCCAAGGCUAAAGUGGGCGUGGCGUCUGGGGUGGUGUUCAUCAUUGCCGGGGUUCUGUGUCUGAUCCCUGUUUGCUGGACGGCCCACAGCAUCAUCCAGGACUUCUACAACCCGAACCUGGUAAGCGCUAAGAAGAGGGAGCUGGGGGGCGCGCUCUAUAUGGGUUGGGGGGCAGCUGCCCUGCUGUUGAUUGGAGGAGGCCUGCUCUGCUUCAACUGCCCCGAGAAGGACGAGGGAUCCUACACCGCCAGGUACAACAAGUCCCCUCGCUCUGAAACCUUGGGGCCAGCCUCUGGAAAAGACUACGUCUGAGAAAGGAAGAGAGGGAGAGAGAGAAGAAUGGAAGAGCAAGAGUGGAAGAGAAGAGAGCGAGGUCUGUCUGCCAUGGGAGACUGUCUGUCUGUAGCUGAGAUCCAGCUGUGUAUAAAUUGACUCUAUUCUGGCACUAUGAUGCUGCUGUAUUAGGAAGGAUUGAUAAUGAGGAUAUUUGAAGGUGAUGAGCAAAGAGGAGGACCACAGUGACUAAAGAGUCCACGGAAGUUACAGUUGAAAGUGAACCACAGCUGAAGCUAGGUAUAAAAUAUACUUUAGAACAAGAGGAUUCUAUCCCAUAAGUCUUUGCAUAAAUAUUGUCUGAACCUGUAUAUUCUCGACUUAAACCUGAAGAAGGAACUGAAUUCCUUAAAAACAACCCCAUGCAGUCUGCAACAUUGUCCUGGGCUGGUUUGGCUGUGUGUGUGUGUGUGUGUGUGUGUGUGUGUGUGUGUGUGUGUGUGUGUGUGUGUGUGUGUGUGUGUGUGUGUGUGUGUGUGUGUGUGUGUGCGUGCGUGCGUGCGUGCGUACAUGUUAUUGUUAAUAUUGUCAUGUGUAGCUUUUCUUAAAGUGUAUGAGUUAACGUAGAUAGUUCUGAAACUGUAAAUAAAUAUCUUCCCUAUGUAUUUGAAUUUAUGUUUUGAUGGCAUUUCAUCAACACCAUAUUCAAGAUGAGAAGUAUUUCAGCACUUUACUUCUAUCAGAUGCAAUAACUUUAAUUCAACUAAAUAGCAAGUAAAUAUUAAACUAUGUCCAUAAAACAAAAUCUUUCUCAGGUAUUUUUCCCUGCAGUUGUACUAUCUAAGGGGGGAAUUCCUACCCUAUUCAGACUGUUCUCUCUGCUACCGCACAGCAAGCGGUACCGGAGUGCCAAGUCUAGGACCAAAAGGCUACUUAACAGCUUCUACCCCCAAGCCAUAAGACUGCUGAACAAUUAAUCAAAUGACCACCCAGACUGUUUGCAUGGACCCUGCUGCUACUCACUGUUAAUUAUCUAUACAUAGUCACAAUUGUUUUACAUGUACAUAUUACCUCAAUUACCACUACUAACCUGUACCCCUGCACAUUGACUCGGUACUGGUACCCACUGUAUAUAGCCUCGUUAUUGUUAUUUUAUUGUUGUUCUUUUAAUAAUUACAUUUUUUUUCCUUUAGUAUAUUUAGUAAAUAUUUUCUUAACUCUAUUUCUUGAACUGCAUUGUU